UUUUUACCCUUCAAUAUCCAAGUGAUUCGACCAACCUGGUUAACCCGGGGUUUAAAGCAUCUGUCUUAACUCUUAACCCUAACAAAGUUCGUCUCACUCUCUUUAAACACUGAUACACUCUUGGAUUUUCUUUGUUACUCUAGAUUGAUAUCAAAAGGCGGGUCAUUCCUGUGUUCCUCUUGUCAUUUAAGCAAUGGUGCUGAUUAUACAUUCAGAAUUAAACAAGAAUGUUUGCAAGGCAUUAAUUGCUGCAGAAUAUGUUGGUGUUGAAGUCAAAAUGGCUGAAAAUUUUCAAAUGGGUGAGUCAAAUAAGACUCCUGAGUUUCUUAAGAUGAACCCUCUUGGAAAGGUUCCAGCUCUUGAGACUCCCGAGGGGCCUAUAUUUGAGAGUAAUGCAAUUGCUCGCUAUGUUGCUCGUUUGAAGCCUGAAAAUACUCUCUUUGGAUCUUCACCGAUAGAAUAUGGCCAAAUUGAGCAGUGGGUUGACUUUUCUGCAUUGGAGCUUGACGCAAAUAUGAGGGCAUGGGUGUUUCCAAGACUUGGAUAUGCCACAUACAUCAAAUCUGCUGAGGAGAGUUAUAUAUCUGGUGUGAAAAGAGGUCUUGGUGCUCUAAACACGCAUCUUGCUUCACGUACUUUUUUGGUUGGUGAUUCCGUGACUUUGGCUGACAUCAUCAUGACAUGCAACUUGGUGAAUGGUUUUAAAUUUUUGUUUACAAAGAGUUUCACAUCUGAGUUUCCUCAUGUUGAGAGGUAUUUCUGGACCAUGGUUAAUCAACCAAACGUGAGAAAGAUAUUUGGAGAAAUCAAACAAGCAGAAGUUCUCCCUCCUAUUCCUUCAGCCAAGAAACCAGAGGAUAAACCAAAACCCGAGCCUAAAAAGGAAGUCAAGAAAGAAGAAGCCCCUAAACCCAAGCCUGAAGUUGCCCCAGAGGAGGAAGAGGCACCAAAGCCUAAGGCAAAGAAUCCUCUUGAUUUAUUGCCUCCGAGUCCUAUGGUUUUGGAUGACUGGAAGAGGCUUUACUCAAACACCAAAACUAACUUCCGUGAGGUUGCAAUCAAAGGUUUUUGGGACAUGUAUGAUCCAGAGGGAUACUCUCUUUGGUUUUGCAACUACAAGUACAAUGAUGAGAACACUGUCUCAUUUGUGACCAUGAAUAAGGUUGGUGGAUUCCUUCAGCGUAUGGAUCUUGCAAGGAAAUACGCGUUUGGAAAGAUGUUGAUUAUUGGAAACGAGCCUCCAUUCAAGGUCAAGGGUUUGUGGCUUUUCCGUGGGACUGAAAUCCCAAAAUUUGUGAUGGAUGAGUGUUAUGACAUGGAGCUUUAUGAGUGGACCAAGGUUGACCUUUCUGAUGAGGCACAAAAGGAGCGUGUGAAUCAGAUGAUUGAAGAUUUUGAGCCUUUUGAGGGCGAAGCACUUUUGGAUGCUAAAUGCUUCAAAUGAAGGAAAAUGCUUCGAAGAUUAUGGAGAAUUCUACAACUUAACGGAUUUCCAAUAACAUGUGAAAAUUAUUGAAGAAUAUUUUAGGCCCGUACACAUAGAAUGUUCUGUAAAUAUCUAGAUAUUUAACUUUAUGGUUCUUUGUAGUUGAUCACAACCGUUGAUUUAAAUAGAUAUUGGUAUUCAGGUUGAGGAGGGUGCCCAUAUAAGGAGAUGAACCACAACCACAAUAUUCCUAAUCAUCCUCUUGUGCGUUCUUUUUCUGUUUUUCAUUGUCUCAAUUGUUGAAAGCUAUAAAUUAUUGUAAUCUCUUUAGUAUUGCAUUCCACGAUGUCAUUUUGUUGUGGCGUGUGAUGAGUAAUUCGUUGAUGUAUAAUGGCAUGUACCUGGAAAUAUGUGUUUGGUUCAAUGAUUGAACCCAACUCGUAAGCA